AUGAAAUCAAAUUCUGAGGAAGCAAAGAUGGUUAAAUUUAACGAAAGUGAUCUUGCACAUUUUAGAAGACUUGCUUUUAUUACAGUUGCCCUUUCCACUGUCACAAUGUUAGCUUCAGUUGUUGUUUUACCUGUUGCAUAUCAAUAUAUUCAAAGAAUUCAAAGUACUGUUGUGUCAGAUAUUGAAUUCUGCAGAAGUAGAAAUAAAGAUUUGUGGAGUGAAGUUGUUACAGUACAAUUAGGUAAAGGACAACAUGAUAGAGCUGAUAGAAUGAGAAGAGAAGCUACAGCUAACAGAAAUGGAAAAUGGUUAUUUGGACACUUUAUUCAAACACAUGAUUCACGUGAAGCUGCCAUGGCUGCACAAAAUGCAUUUAGUAAAGAAAUUCGUCGUCAACAACCAUACAGAGAUGAUUCAUAUGCUGCUGGUAAUGGAAAUAAUGCCCCAAGUGCUGCUGUCGAAGCCUCAUCUACAAGUCCAUCCUCUUCUGAUUGUUGUCCAUGUGAAUAUGGACCACCAGGACCACCAGGUGAACCAGGUACUCCUGGUACUGAUGGAAAUGAUGGUGUAGCAGGCAAAGAUGGAUCUCCAGGAAGUGAUGCUCCAGCAACACAAAGUGCUCCAACUGGUUGUAUUCGUGAAUGUCCACCAGGACCACCAGGACCACCUGGAGCACCAGGAGAUAAAGGAGCUAAAGGUUAUCCAGGUGAGAUGGGAGCUAAUGGUGAACCAGGAAAUCCAGGACCAAGAGGACCACAAGGAUUACAAGGACCACAAGGAAUCCAAGGACAACAAGGAAGACCAGGAGAUAAAGGAGCUCCAGGUAAACAUAUUCCAGGAGUUGCACCACCAGGACCACCAGGACGUCCAGGUGAACCAGGUAUUCCAGGAUUACCAGGAGUACAAGGAGACAAAGGAGCUCCAGGUCCAAAAGGAGAUGCAGGAGAAAAAGGAGAAACUGGAAACCCAGGCCCAUACGGUAAACCUGGAACACCUGGUCCAAUUGGUCCACCAGGAUUACCCGGUGACAUGGGAAGUUGUUCAGAAUGUCCAACACCAAGAACACCACCAGGUUAUUAA